AUGACCAUCGAAUCAAACUUAGAGUCGGAAAGAGUCCAGGAGUUGGACCAAUUGCUUGAUCUCAUCAAGCCUUUGGUGUUGGACUACAUCGAGAAAGCCGACCCCAACAGUGGCAAAUACCAAACAGAUUCCCUUGGGAAGUACUAUGAUCCACAGACUAUAAAGAAGGCCCUUGCUAUAGACGAAACAGACUUGAGUCAAGGUAUUAAAGGUGAUAACACCAAAUUAGUUGACUUUAUCGAUAAGGUAUUGAACUACUCUGUUAAUACUUGGAACCCUGGCUUCUUGGAUAAACUCUACGCUUCCAAUAACCCGAUUGGGAUCAUCUCGGAUAUCAUCCUCUCGGUUCUCAAUACUAACGUACAUGUUUACACAGUUUCACCAGUGCUUGCAGUAUUAGAGAACUUUAUAGCCAAAAAAUAUGCCGGCUUGUUCUUCAAAGACAACAAGGAUACUUGUGGUGGGUUGACGUUCUCUGGAGGUUCUUGGUCAAACAUCACUUCGCUUCAAGCUGCCAGAGCUUUGAAAUUCCCUCAAACGAAGGAAUUCGGUAAUGAAGGGUUCAAGUUCGCUAUAUAUGCUUCGGAACAUUGCCAUUACUCCAUAGUGAAAGGUGGUAUCUUAAUUGGGUUAGGUUCCGCAAAUGUAUUCAAAGUACCGGUGAUUCCUGAUGGUACUAUGAAUGUGGAGAAGCUUGAACUGAUCAUUGAAAAGUCUAUUGCUGAUGGUUAUACUCCAUUGUACAUAAAUGCAACAGCUGGUACUACUGUGUAUGGAUCCUACGAUGAUUUCACUUCUAUUGCUUCCAUCGCAAAGAAAUAUAAUGCGUGGUUCCAUAUCGAUGGUUCAUGGGGAGGUAAUGUGAUCUUCUCCCAGAUUCAUUCCGUUAAGUUGGCAGGAUGUCAUUUGGCUGAUUCCAUUACUGUGAAUCCCCAUAAAAUGUUGGGGAUCCCCAACACAUGUUCGUUUAUGUUAAUGCCACACGUUGCAGAUUUCCAGAAAUCUAUGUCGUUACAAGCACCAUACUUGUUCCAUGGAAGAGAAAAUAAUGAAGAGAACUUUGAUUUGGCCGAUGGAACAAUGGGAUGCGGAAGGAGAUCCGAUGCUCUCAAAUUUUAUAUGGGAUGGUUAUAUUAUGGACAAGAAGGGUUUGAAUCAAGGAUAAACCAUGCCUUUGAAAUAGCCAAAUAUUUCAUUGAUGAAAUUUCCAAGAACCCCCACUUUGAAUUGGUUUUGGGUAGUAAAGACAAUUUACCCCAAUGCUUACAGGUUUGUUUCUAUUAUAAACCUGAAUUCUACACCAAGGAAGAUCAUAGUGAAAUCACAAGAUUCGUUUCUCGUUAUUUGCACAAAGAAGGAAAAUACUUGGUAGACUUUUCUCCUAACCCAUCCGAUGCAUCGGGAGUUAAUAGAGGUGAAUUCUUCAGAGUGGUGUUCAAUUCACCAAUUUUAACCGAUAGUGUGGUUGAUGAUUUGAUCCAUAGUAUCGUUGAAGGCGGUGAAGAAUAUUACCGCAUGUCAAGGCAAUAG